GUUGCGUCUUUGGAAUCAUCGUCUCAGAUCGAGCAAUACCAACUGUCACAGAUUCAGCCAGUUCCUAUCCAAGAUACCCGGCAAACUGAGGAUCUUAUUUCUCCGAAUUUCAGCGACAUGAUGUUGGAACAGCAAGUAGACUCAUAUAUCAGCUCUAGUCAACAGUCGCCUUUCUCAACUGUGAUCUCUAAGAACAACACUAAAACUACUAAGAAUAUACCACUGCCUCGUAACAAAAUGCAGAACGUGGUUUACAGUAAAUCUUCAGAUAACGUUUAUCCCAGUUAUUCUCAACAAAACAUCUCUAGUCAAGAUGUCGACAGGAUAUGCAAUACAUCACAUGCAAACCAAUCUCAGGCGAGCCAGCAGCAGCAGGUACAGGAACUACAACAUCAAGUGCAAGAUAUUCAGCAUUACAAGUUGGUGACUGUUCAGCAACCUGAUCAGAAGCAAAGUUAUAAGUUCUCGAUGGUGACCACUCCGACCGUAAAGUUCACAACAUCGCAGGUACACCAACAAAUGAUGCAAUCUUAUCCUUCCUUCUCUCAGUAUAGUAGUGUUCCUUCAGCUGUAAGUCUUUGGUUCUCAAUUAAUAUUUCUUUCGAUGGAAUCGUCCCGCUUCUGAUUUUUGUUGUAACCUUAACUCAAACGCAUGCUUUUGUUUCGUUUUCCUUUGCUAUUUUGUUGUUUAUUUAUUUUCUACUAAUCCUUUUGAAAAUUUUAGUAUUAUGGGAUACCAGGGAUUUUUUUAUGGGAUUUAAAGUUACUUAUUUAACAGAAGACAAUAAACUACAUUUGGACAACAAUUGUCAGAUGAACUUAAUUCAUCUGACAUCGUACAGCAAUUCGAGCAGCCCUAUCACGGAUCCUCUUUCUCAGAACAUCCAUUCACCUACAUCAUCACAAAGUUCGGUAGGCUCUCCUUGUGCCGAAUCUUCUUCUCAACGCGAUAGGCGGGUGGUGCAUAUACAUGCAGAACAGAAGAGGAGGUUCAAUAUCAAAAACGGUUUCGAUACGCUACACUCUCUUAUUCCACAGCUCAAUCAGAACCCUAAUGCUAAGUCGAGUAAGGCAGCUUUGCUCCAAAAAGGGGCAGAUUAUAUAAUACAGCUGAGGGCUGAAAGGAAUCAGCUCAAAGAAGAAAUGGAUUCAUUGCGUCAGCAGAUAGAAACUCUGAAUACAUCUAUAAGUAAUUGUCAAUCCUUGUUACCAGCUACGGGCGCUCCAGUUUCCAGGAACAGGGACAGCAAAAUGCAGGAAAUGUUUGAUGAGUAUGUGAGAAAUCGAACUAUGGACAACUGGAAAUUUUGGAUUUUCAGCCUGAUGUUCAAGCCAUUGUUAAAUUCGUUCAGUAGUUUCGUAUCUAGUUCCAGUUUGGAUGAUUUAUAUUCUUCCACAAUGCUUUGGGUGGAGCAGCAUUGUACUCUUGGAGAUCUCAGACCUGUUGUCCUCAAUUCCUUGAGGUAUCUAUGCACGAAAACGGAAAUUUUAUCCGAACCCGAGAAAUUACCAGAAGAAGCCCGACAAAUCGUAAUUCAGUCUAAUCAGAGUCAGAAAAACUAGUUUUAGGAUUUAGGUACUACCGACUAAUACAUCUUGCUCAUGAACUUCCUGUGAGAAAAGUGAUACUGAGUGCAAAUUUUAUUAUUUUAAUCUGUUAGGUUUGCCAAUUUUAUAAUCGAAACUUUUAUAUUUUAUUUUUGUACGUUACAUUCUUAAAGAAAAUGUCAUAGCACAGUUCAAUGCAAGAAUGUUGUUUAAAACUUUACUAAUACUGAUGCGAUUAAAGACAACGUUAGGUGUGA